ACUUCCUACAACUACGCGAAUACGCGUGCUUCAUCAUGGCGCAACCAACGGAUUCCGAGUUUGUGACUAUAGUCUCAGAUGACGGAUUUGAAUUCAUUAUCCCUCGCAGCACAGCUUAUGUCUCAGAGACCUUACGCAUCCCGCUUUCUUCGACCAAUUUCCCCGAGGGUCGCGAUGGUAAAUUUGUGUUGAAAGACUUCUCUGGCGUCAUUGUCGAAAAGAUCUGCGAAUACCUUUGCUACAAUGAAAAGCACAAGGACCAGGUCAAUGUGCCGGACAUGGAUAUCCCACCGGAGUUGUGCCUGGAGCUCUUGAUGGCUGCGGAUUUCUUGAAUACCUAAUUUCGACAUGGUGCCUCGGACCUUGGGUUUCUUAUCACCUCUGUGGAUGAGACCUCUGGUAUCGAUCUCUGUUUCGGUUCGCAUCGUCUUUGAAAUGAUUCACGACGCAACGGCAUACGAUAUUCGAUUUUUACGACAAUAG